AGAACGUGAAAACAAAAUGGAUACCAACGAGACAAUGUACAACCCUACGACUAUUUCGUGGCUGCCAAAUACAACUAUGACAACAAUGAGUAUCGGUAUACCGUUUAUCCACAGCUAUCAUGUAAGAGUCGUUGUGGGUGUUUUGUUCCUACUGAUCGCGGUCAUCAACAUUACCGGUAACAGCAUGGUCAUUCUUGCUGUCAUCUUCAGCAAGAAACUCAGAACAUCAACAAAUGUCUUUGUGGUAAGCCUCAGCUCUGCAGACCUUUUGGCAGGACUUGCGUUGCCAAUGAGUGCAGUUGCUUUACUCACCCCUGGCAACAGCUGGCCGGGGUCGACGGAAACCCCUUGUUACAUCGCAGGCGUGCUUCUGUUCACCAGUUCCACUGCCAGUCUUUUCAACCUCGCUUCCAUCGCUCUAAACCGGUUGACUCUUAUCAAGAGCCCAAUGAAAUGGUACCGUAUUCUGUACACCAAAUGCAACCUCGUUAUCAAUGUCGUAUUCAAUUGGAUUGCCGCCAUUGUCAUCAUGACAGUCCCUCCACUUUUCGGCAUUGGUGACUAUGGCUACGACAAGCAGCAGCACACGUGUACUGACCUGGACAACCACCCGAAGGCCAAGACGUUUAAACAGAUUCAAACUUUCGGCUCCUACCCCAUCCCAUUUAUCAUCAUCAUCACCAGCUAUAUCAUCAUCUUCGUUCACGUCCGUCGCCACUUCAAGAAGCAGAUGUAUAACGAUGGCAACAUCACGAUCCCAGUCUCCUCCAGUUCCGGGAGCAUCGACAACUUUCAGACAUCAGACAACGCUGCCGUAUUGCGUGCCUCCCGCCGGGAUCGGAUCAGCCGACAACAACUCGAAAUCACCAAAAAUCUCUUUAUGACAGUGUGUGCUUUCUUCAUCUGCAUAACUCCAUACUGCAUGGCUCUCUUUAUUCCGAACAACGACCAUUUCCUGUUGUUUGGAGGUGCGGUCUUCCUCAUUAAUAGCUGCGUCAACCCAAUUAUUUACGCAGCAAAGCACCCUCAGUUUAAAAAGGUUCUGCGUCUGAUGCUACGAUGCAAAUACUCAGAGAUAGAAGAGCCGUCGGAUACCAUAAAACACUUGAAAGCUUGCUGUUGCAAGUCAUAAGUCGGAGAACAAUGCUCAGAAGCUGGAACUUUUUGUUGCUUAUUUAUUAUUUAAAGUAAUCACAAUGAGGUCGGGUGAAAAAAUAGUCUGGUACCGCUUCAAUGAUGAAACAUAGUUGUAUCCAUAGCUGGUUUGGGGGAUCAGUCCAAAAUAUAGUUAGGCUUGAAUAUAUUUUUGAUAAUUAUAUAUUUUUUUCGUUGUAAUGUAUUGUACGUUUAUGUUAGUUGUCAUACUUUAAAUCCAUAGCUUGGGUUCAAAUCCGUUAUGUGUACAUACGAAACAGCGCAUAACGAUAACACUACAAACAAGGAAAUACCUUAGGCCUAAUAUCAAACUUAUUUGUACAAUUUCCCCCGAAUUUCAACGUUUUCAUAAAAUGGUGACAGUGCGUUCAUUUUUGACUGUCCUAACAAACCCUAUACUGUCACCUCAUUCUGGGUAUAACUUUGCUAUUCAUACUUCUUAUCUGUCUGCCUUUUGUAAAAUCUAGAUGUACCCAUGGUGCUCUUUAUUAUACCUUUCCUCUUGAUGGUUUCAGUUAAAUGUUUAUAAAGGUUUUUAGGGCUUUAUCAUGUUUGUAUUUUUGUGUGAAUUGUCAAAUAAAAAAACCACAAUAAACUAUUUUAAACAAAAAUUUGUGAGUCACUGCUCAUAGUCUCUCCAAUUUAUAUUGGUAUCACCAUUUCAU